AUGAUAUGUUAUAAUAUUAAAUUAAUUAUACUUUCAAUCAUAUUAGGAACCCUAGCCUUAAAUUUUAAUAAUAACUGUGAUGGUUUAUAUAAAAAUAUAAACUAUAAAAACAUUCUAUUGAUGCCAACAUACUUGAGAUCAUUAGCAGAAUUAUCAUAUGGACUUACAACUAAUCAUAAACACGAAAAAUGUAAAUUAAGGGAAUACACCAAUAACGAUGAAAGAAGAUAUAAGAAAAACAAAUAUCCAAAAGAUGACGAAAAAACAAAAAAGGAUAUACCAGAAGUAACAGAAAAAGAAAAGGCGUCAACAGAAAAUUUAAAGAAAUAUAAAAAAGAAACAUAUGAUAAUGAGAAAGUAGCAACAUCAAAUAGAUCUUCUCGUUCCCUUAAAUAUUUAGAAAUGCAAAGAAAACUUUACAAUAAUUUUUAUGUAAAACCAGAUAUGGAUUUUGAAAAGUUUUCAGAUAAAUCAAAUGCUAAAAAUGAUAAAUCUUGUGAAUGGGCAAAUAAUAAAAGAUCGUCCGAUAAAUUAUCUUCAAAAAAUAAUGUACAUGAUAAUUAUUUAGAUAAUUUAAAAACAGGUUGUGUUGCAGGUGUAGGUGUGUGUACCCUUUCCUCUACAGCUACAGGAAUUGCUGGUGGUGCUGCUGUCACUAGUGCUGCUUAUUAUGCCGCUCAAGGGGCACUUAAAUCGUCCAUUGCCUCUUUGUCUAUCGAAUCAUCCAAAUUGGCUAAUAUCCUUUAUGGAGUAAGUAACCUUACUGCAAAUUCAAUACAAGGUGUUAUUAAUUCUGCAGGUAUAUCAGGAUUGAGUAGUACACCUGCUGCAGCUACAGCUGCUAAUGCGGCAGCUUCUGCUGCUACUGCUGCUAAAACAGCCGCUGUUAGUCAACUUUUUUACCCUUAUGGUUUAGCGGCUUUGGUUUUAAUUAUAAUUGUUGUUGUACUUAUAAUAUUAUAUAUAUGGUUGUAUAGAAGAAGAAAAAAUUCAUGGAAACAUGAAUGCAAGAAACAUUUAUGUACGUAA